GCAGCCAAAAAGAAAGUGGGAGGAAACAGCCUCCAUCUUCUCUCUAAAAACAAAAACUGAUAAAUUUUCUCUCACUUCUCAAAAACCCUUUGACCUUUCACUCUCUCUUCUUUACCAUGGAUGAUGGUGCCGCCCGUUUUAUGGUAGACGAUCUUCUCGACUUCACUUUGGACGCCGGCGAGGUCGACGAUGAAAUCGAUGAAGACAAGACCCAGAAACCCUUUUCCGCUUCUUCUUCCGAGCCUUCCGACGACCGAAGCCUCUCUUUUCCGGAAUGUGUGGAGGAAGAACUUGAAUGGAUAUCGAAUAAGGAUGCCUUUCCUUCGGUUGAUACGUUUUUCAACUUCACUUCCAACAAUCACGAAAGCCCGAUUUCGGUACUCGAGAACAGCAGCAAUACGGUUGUUAGCCAUAGCCAAAGUCAAAGUGGCGGGGGUUGUUAUGUGAGCCCGUUUGUGUUUGUUCCUGUCCAGUAUCCAGUUAAGGCUCGUAGUAAGAGGCGUAGGAGACAUAGACGUGGAUUUCCAGAAAUACCAUCCCAGUAUUGUUUUGGCACCAAAAUUGCGGCUCCUAUUAAGGUGGAGAAACUGGUUCAGCAGCCCAGGUCGGGUUCUUCGGGCAUUGGUCGGAGUUGCCAGCAUUGUGGUGCGGAGAAAACCCCUCAAUGGAGAGCAGGUCCGAUGGGUCCGAAAACUCUGUGCAAUGCUUGUGGGGUUAGGUUCAAGUCAGGUAGGUUGGUGCCCGAGUAUAGGCCAGCUAGCAGCCCGAGUUAUUCGGCGUCGUUGCACUCGAAUUCUCAUAGGAAGAUAGUGGAAAUGAGAAGGCAGAAGCAGGUGGUUGUGGAUAUAGGAAUGUAGGAUUAGGUAUUUUUUUCUUUUUUUUUUCAUAUAUAUUUUUUUUAAAAACAAAUUUCUCCUUUUUUUUAAGUUUAUUUUUUUUAGUUAUGUCUUCAGAGACUAGGGAAUGAAGGGGUUUCUUGUAUCUUUGCUUAGAUAGGUGUUAGUGAACCUUAUUUCUUUUCUGAAUCCAAAAACAAAAAAACUAAAAAGGACAAAAAUUUUGAGUUUAGUGUUGUGUUCUUGGUUAAUUUUAUGGUAAUGGAUAGAAAACCAUGUCUUAGUUGGAACCUUUGAGGUGCUAAUUGUUUCAUUUGACUUGUCUUGUCUUGUUGAUGUUUAAAUCUAACUUUGGUCAGUUUGGUUGUAGUAUUGAAUCUUGUUAUAUAAUGAAUGACUUAUGAACAAUUGUUUUGUA